GGGAGAGGGAGAGGGAGGGAGGAUUCUCAGCUACGAACAUACAACGCCGUGAAUUGAACGCAAGGUAUGCUCUCAUUGAUACUUUUCAUCCUCUUGGCUUAUGCCUGGUUAUUGAAACCGGCGCAAGUGGUUCAUGGAUCUGGGUUUUUAUACAAGGACAUCUUCCUUCUUGCCGGGCAGAGUAACAUGGCCGGCAGAGGAGGCGUCGUUGAUGAGAAAUGGGACAGAUUAGUCCCUCCCGAAAUCAAACCAAAACCGUCGAUUCUCCGGUUCAGUGCAAAGCUCAGAUGGGAGGAAGCUGCGGAGCCUCUUCACGCCGACAUCGAUGUGAAUAAGACGUGCGGAGUCGGACCCGGUUUGGCGUUUGCAAACGUGAUAAGGGACAAGGAUUCAAGCAUUGGGGUGGUGGGUUUGGUGCCUUGCGCAGUGGGAGGGACGAAUAUCCACGAGUGGGCACGGGGGACUCACCUGUACAAUCAGUUGGUGAGGAGGGCUAUGGCGUCUCUCAAUGAGGGUGGAGCCAUUCGAGCAAUCCUCUGGUACCAGGGUGAAAGCGACACCCUGUCUAAAUCCGACGCCCAAUCGUACAAGGAGAACUUAGAGAAAUUCAUUCAAAACCUACUCUCUGAUCUCAAUUCUCCUAUGAUCCCAAUAAUCCAGGUGGCUCUGGCAUCAGGACAAGGGCCGUUCAUAGAGACGGUAAGGGAAGCUCAGCUGGGAACCGACCUACCAAACGUUAGGUGCGUUGACGCCAAGGGACUGCCACUUGAAGUAGAUAACUUGCACCUCACAACACCUGCUCAAUUAACGCUUGGGGAGAUGUUGGCUGACGCCUUCCUCAAUUAUUUUCAAGGUUCAAUCCCUAUCACCAGUAACGCUCCCAGGAGAUAGAUAAUACGGUUUGUUUUCACUUUUCAAACUUUUUUCAAUGGGCCCACAGCUUAGGGUGCUUGAACGAUCCUGACCACCUGAUUCGGAUCAACAACCUUUGGGCCGAUGAAAUAUGGGAGUUGUUAGCAAAUUGACCCACUGCAAUAGAUGCGAUACAAAUGUUGUAUAGUGCACAAUAUCACAAGUGUUGUGGCCUUGUGGGUUCACCAAAAAAAUGUAUCCGAAUUCCUGAACUAAAUUGGCAGUAAGAAUAAGCAAAGCACACGUGAGUGAACCCCACUCGAGCUUUUCAAAUA